UCAAUUCGUGUUUCUGCCACGUCUGGAGUCUCGGGGACAAGCAUUUCAGAAGAGCCAAAACAGGAACAGGGCAGGGUGGCACAUUGCCGAUAGAAAGCGCGGACCUUCCUCCAGCCCCUCCCGCUGCAGGUGCGGUGGAUCGGGCUGUUUCCUCGGGAAGCCUUGUUCCAGGGUCUUUCCAGGUGAAUCUGUCUGGAGUUCUUUCAGCACCUCGGACAGAGCACGCAGAAAACAUGGCUCCUAUCACUACCAGCCGCGUGGAAUUCGAUGAAAUUCCCACAGUCGUGGGGAUCUUCAGUGCAUUUGGUCUGGUCUUCACUGUCUCUCUCUUCGCUUGGAUUUGCUGCCAAAGAAGAUCAUCUAAGUCCAACAAGACUCCUCCGUACAAGUUCGUGCAUGUGCUCAAAGGAGUUGACAUCUACCCUGAAAACCUAAGCAGCAAGAAGAAGUUUGGAGGAGAGGACAAAAAUGAAGGCAAGAAUAAGUCAGCUGUGCCAAAAGUUUCACUGCAUCUUGAUCUGGAGAAGAGAGAUCUCAACGGCAAUUUCCCCAAAACCAAUCUCAAAGCUGGCAGCCCUUCUGAUCUAGAGAAUGUGACCCCAAAGCUCUUCCCAGAGAGAGAAAAGGAGGCUGCUUCCCCAGAGAGCUUGAAGUCCAGUACCUCCCUCACUUCAGAAGAGAAACAAGAGAAGCUGGGGACACUCUUCUUGUCUCUAGAGUACAACUUUGAGAAGAAAGCAUUUGUGGUGAACAUCAAGGAAGCCCAGGGCUUACCAGCCAUGGAUGAGCAAUCCAUGACCUCUGACCCAUACAUCAAAAUGACAAUCUUACCAGAGAAGAAGCAUAAAGUGAAGACCAGAGUGCUGAGGAAGACCCUGGACCCCGUGUUUGAUGAAACCUUCACAUUCUAUGGGAUUCCCUAUCCCCACAUCCAAGAGCUGUCUUUGCAUUUCACCGUUUUGAGUUUUGACCGGUUUUCAAGAGAUGACAUCAUUGGAGAAGUCCUGAUCCCUCUGUCAGGGAUUGAAUUAUCAGAUGGAAAAAUGUUAAUGACUAGAGAGAUCAUUAAGAGAAACGCUAAGAAGUCUUCCGGACGGGGCGAGCUUCUGGUCUCUCUAUGCUAUCAGUCCACCACAAACACGCUCACCGUGGUUGUCUUAAAAGCCCGGCACCUGCCGAAGUCUGAUGUGUCCGGACUUUCAGAUCCCUACGUCAAAGUGAACCUGUACCAUGCUAAGAAGAGGAUCUCUAAAAAGAAGACUCACGUGAAAAAAUGCACUCCCAAUGCAGUGUUCAACGAACUGUUUGUCUUUGAUAUUCCUUGUGAGAGUCUUGAAGAAAUAAGUGUUGAAUUUUUAGUUUUGGAUUCGGAAAGGGGAUCCCGAAACGAGGUGAUUGGUCGGUUGGUCCUGGGCGCCACAGCAGAAGGAAGCAGUGGGGGGCACUGGAAGGAGAUCUGUGACUUUCCCAGGCGACAGAUUGCUAAGUGGCACACGCUCUGUGAUGGGUAGUUUCCUGGCCGUGAGCCGGAGCUUAAAGGCUUUUGCUAGGCAAGAAGAAAAUUUCUUUCUUAUACAUGAUUAUGAGCUUGUGGCACGGCAAGCUACUUUAUUAUUUGUUUAUUUAUUAUUUAUUAAAUAAUUUAGGUUAGAAGUGGAUUAAAGUAGUAGACCAGAAAACAGUUGUAAAUGUGUAUCUUGAUAAUUUCCUCCUUUAUUAGAGGUGUUGACUAAAUUUUCAUAAGAUACUCAAUUUCCCUCUGUCUGGUCUUAAGUGGGCCAAGCAAGUCUGUUGUGAGUACUCUGGUUUAAUCUCAAGUCGCAGGUAGGUGUGUGUUGUAGAUGAUAAUGUCACUUUUGCCUUGGUAAUGGAAGUCCAGGUAAUCGUUAAGAGUUCAAGAUGAAAACUCACACCUUUUUGUAUGAAAAUCAACCCACGUUUCUUCAGGUUGGGGAGAAAAGGUUUUAUUUCAAUCCAAAGAUAUUACAGAAAUGUCCUCAAGUCUGUUUUCUAGUUUAUUUCAUGUACAAAUAGUUGUCAUAUAUAUCAAAGAUAUGCUGUCAUUUCCAUUCGGUUUGUAAUGAUUUGAUACAAUCUCAUCAUAAAAGGGGUAGGUACCUUAGGUUCAUUUCACAAAGACAGCAAACAAGUUGAGAAAAAAAUUAAUUAAAGGGCUGAAUUGAAGAACACUGUGGUUGCAAUGAGAUUUUUUUUUGUUCCCUGAGAUCACAUGUGAGUCAUAUAAAAUGUAACUUCAACAUAAGAACCAUGGUCUUGAAUUAUUCACUGCCCAUUCCAAGCCUCAGUGUGGCCUAAGAUACUCCUACUUACCUUUGUGAAGCUGUCAGACUAGUGGAAACAAAUAAACUUAAGCUAGAUAUUCAGUUAGGAAUACAGUUUUUAAAUAUAUAUAUAUAUAUAUAUAAAUCUGUAUCAGUGUACGAGUGUAUUUUCAAGGCUGUCUUUCCCUCUCAGAGAGGGCAUGGCUACCUAAGUAUUUAACUUAUUCUUUCCCAGGAAGUUCUAAACUACUUAAAGAGAAACAAAAGAAAAGAAAAUGUGUUAAAUUCUGUACAUUGUCAGGUUGAAAUCAAC